AUGGUGGGCCGGGCUCGGGACAGCCCGGACUCGGGGCUGGGACUCCGGCUGCGGCGCGCGCGGCUCCGGCUCGGGGUCAGGUGGCCCUCGGCUGGCGCUCGGGCUCCGGCAGGGGCCGGUUUCCGGCUGAGUCUGCGGCGCGGCUCGGAGGUCCGGGCGCCACCGGCGGCCGGGGCGGGGCCUCGGUGUCCUCGCUCGGCUCUGGCGGGGCUAAGGGCUGCGGACUCGGCUCCCGACCCCGCCCGGCCGGCCAGCCUGCCCCGACCUGCCCGCGCAGCCUCCGCCCCGCGUGGCCCGGCUUGGCCGGCCGCCGCUUACUCACCACGGCCGGUUCUUCUCAUUGUGGGCCGGCCGCCGGCGCCCACCGCCUCCGUCCCCGCCCUCGCCCGCCCGCCCGCGCCGCCCGCCCGCCCGCGCCGCGGGGGAGCGCGAGGAGGAGGGGGCCCCACCCUGCGGCCCCGCCCACGCCGUCGAGCCCCUUCCCCGGAAGGGCGGACGCCCCAUCACCCCCUCUUCUCCAGACCGAGGCACCCCUUCCCAAGGGGAGCCCCUCCUGGCAGCCGGGACGACCCAUCGCUGACUAGCCCCUCCCCAUCGCCACCCGCAGACACCCCAGGCCCUCCUACCCCAGAGGCGGGACACUCUCACUCGCCGCCAAGCCUGACUCGAGCUCACCCCCCGAACCUGCAGAUCCUCCUCACUGCCUUCUCUGAACCACACCCACCCCCAGUCGGAAAGAAUCGAGCCGCUUUCCCAGCAGAUCCCAAACCUCCAUAUGGUCACCAGAUUCCUUCCACGCCUCACCCCUCUACAACACCCCGAUCGCUCGUCCCUCCACGCCCCGUGGCCUGCCUAGGGAACCCAAACACCCCUGCUACCGCCACCAGUCCAGAGAGCUAUGUAGUGACAGGCUGGAGACCCCACAACCAAGCGGGUCCUUCUUGGUAG